CCAACAACCAACCAGAGCCGGACAUCAAAUUACGUCACAUUUGUCUUUGGUUUCCUGAAGUAUUUGCAGGUUGACGUCGGGCUCAUUUCUGAAGUCCAAUCGAACAUAAAAAGAUAUGCAGGAGUCUAGUGACUUGAAUGGUGUGCAUGAGACGGAUUCCCACUUGGCGUUGGCCAAUCAGCGGCAUCAAUCCAUGGAGGAAUUGGACAACGUAGAGUGCCUCAGAAGGAAAACCAAAUAUUACUUUAUGAACCCCUGUGAAAAGUAUCACGCUCGUGGACGAAAACCAUGGAAACUCAUACUGCAGCUCAUCAAAAUUGCCAUCAUCACUAUCCAGUUGGUGUCGUUUGGUCUGAGCAACCAGAUGGUUGUGACUUUCAAGGAGGAAAACUUGAUGACAUUCCAACAUCUUUUCUUAAAGGAUUUUGUUGAUAGGGGCAUUGACACGUAUGCUGUUUACAGACAAGCAGAUGUUUAUGAUCACAUCCAUUACAUCAUUGAACAGUAUGGACGUUUGCAUAACACCACAGUAGGAAACCAUGAGUAUGAGAAAAACGGCUCCGUUUACACACCCUUGUCAAUAUGUCAGGAGUUCUACAGGAAUGGCACCAUCUACCCUGGCAAAGACACUUUUGAAAUUGAUGCACAUGUGGAAACUGAUUGCAUUGACAUUGAUCCAAUGAAUCAGUCGUCGUCUCAAGACGUGCUUCCACAUUUUGAGUUGCACUUCAAAAGGAUGCUGUCCGUCAAGAUCACCUUCGUUCUCAAAGCCAUCAAUUUACAGACAGUUAGACACCGAGAGCUGCCAGACUGCUACGACUUCAACGUUAUUAUCACUUUCAACAACCAAGUCCACAGCGGCAGGAUAAAAGUGGACCUGGAAAAUGAUGUAGAGAUCAAUGAAUGCAGAGAUUGGAAAGUAACAGGAGCUGCUGCUAAAAGCAUAUACCUGACCCUGCUGUUCGACUGUCUCAUCAUCAUAACAUGCAUGACCUCCUGCGCUCUCUGCAUGCGCUCUGUGUUCAAUGGGAUACAACUGCAGCUUGUAAGUCAACUACAACACCUGGAGUACACACACUACUACAGGAAGCUCAGUGGUAAAGAUGUCCCUUGGUCUGACAGACUGGAAUUUAUCAAUGGCUGGUAUAUCCUAAUUAUUGCCAGUGACUUGUUAACCAUCACUGGCUCUAUUCUGAAGAUCGAUAUUCAAACCAAGGUUCUGACAAGCUAUGACAUAUGCAGCAUAUUUCUUGGUCUAGGCACCAUGUUUGUUUGGAUUGGGGUCAUCCGCUACAUGGGCUACUUUCGCAAGUACAACAUCCUCAUCCUGACUCUCAGGGCGGCUUUUCCAAAUGUAAUUCGUUUCAUUUGCUGCGCUGGAAUAAUCUACCUGAGCUACUGCUUGUGUGGCUGGAUUGUCCUUGGCCCGUAUCACGAAAAGUUUCGGACCUUGAACACAGUGUCUGAGUGUCUCUUCUCGUUGAUCAACGGAGAUGACAUGUUUCCCACCUUUAAAAACAUGAAGCAGAAGAGCAACCUGAUUUGGAUUUUUAGCAGAGUCUACCUCUAUACCUUUGUCUCGCUUUUCAUCUACAUGAUCCUCAGCCUGUUCAUCACAAUCAUAACAGACACCUACGACACCAUCAAGCAACAACAGCAAAGUGGUAUCCCGACAUCAGAGCUCCACCGAUUUCUAUCAGAGUGUAAAGAUCUCCCAAACUCUGGAGUCUACAGACUUGACAAGAACAGCUGCUUCUUGCACAGCUGCAUAAACAAGUGCAGGGACCAUCAUGAGAGGUUGACUUCAGAGGCAUAGUGUGUACAUGUUGUCGAAACAUAUAAUUGAAUGCAAAAUUAUAUUUUUUUUUAAAUAAGAAAAUAAGCAGAAUGGUUGUAAAAUCAGCAUAAAACCUACUUGCAUGAGGAAUUGAUUUGAGGUGAUUUCAGAUAUAUGCAUUAUUCCACUCUUAAAAUCAGAUGUAUGUUUCAUACAUAAUGUCAUUUUGAAUGCAAAGAUUUGCACUUAAGGAAUCAAGGGUGAAAACAUCAGCAUGUAAUUAUUUAAUUUUUUUAUGGUGUAACAUUCUAAACAUAUUUUCCUUUUACUUCGUGAGCAGUCUUAUUUCAAACAAGACCAUCUCAAAUAUGUUGGCAAUUAUGUGUGCAGUACAUGCUGAAAGAGUUCAUUCUUUCAAAGGAUAAAUCAAGACCGUUUUGCUGAAUGAUUUGUACCUGGGGAAGCAGAGAAUGUACUUAAAAGGCAAAGAUGUUCUUGUACAGUUAAGUACAUCAUAUUUUUUUCUUCGUAGGCCUUGUGAAUGGCAUAACAGAGAAGCACUACCAAAUAUGACUGAUGUGAAUCUUCCGGUCAACUUCCAGCGUGGAAGCUUCAUAUUCCUGAUCCAUACAAUUACUAUUUUGUCUUACUCCUCAAUUAAAGAGUGAGGUAUAUAAAAAAAUAGUUAAAAAAAAAAAGAUUAAUAGUUCCAGUUUGAAUCCUAAAAUUAAAAAAAAUGCAAUAUAUAGUAGUUCCUUCUAUUCCAUCAGUCCGGUUUGGACUGAAUGACGUCAGAUGGAGGCAGGACCCGCUGUUCUUCCAUCCUGUUUGCCUGAGAACGCAAGAUGAGACUAAAGAUAUCAUCAUCUGGGACAGUCAUUCCUCGUGUGGCAGAAGGUGGAGCAGCACACCUCUGGUCAUUCAGUCGGGAGCCCUUGAAUAAUAGGGCAGAACAUUUAUUAAAAACAGCUGAUGGUUAUUGAAACAGUCCGUAUGAACGAAGUGGGAAUAGAGCGUCCACAUUUACUUAACAGGUUCAUCUCAGUGAACUAAUGCACAUUUAUUGCAGUAGUUUACUUCAAAAGGGAAACUUUACUACACAGUACACACAUAUUAUGUAUUAUUACUGACUAAAUAAUUUUAAUGAUUAUUAAGCAUCACAACUUACGUAUACCAGAAAAUGUGAAUAUUGUAAGCGGCUGAUGUGACACUUUAAGCUUCCUGAGUCUUUAAAUGGUGACAUUAGCCCUUGUGCAAGUUUAAGAUUGACUCUGCACACUUACUCUUAGCAUCCAAAAGGGACACACUUAUGAAAGUGUAAUAAGCCAGCAAUAAAGAAGUUUUAUAUGUUAAACUUUUACCAACUAAUAUCUGUCUAUCCAUAUUGUUUUUAUUAUUUUAUUUUGUUAUGUUUUUUUAAAAAUGUUUUAUGGCCUUUAUGUCAAGAAAACUUUUUUUCCCCCAUAAAUAAUGGGAAAAUACACAAUAUGCAUUAUUUCUAAAAAAUAAAAAUUUGAAUAUUUGAGGUUCAAGUUUGAAGUUCGAGUUCAAGUGACUUUAUUUGUACCCGAAGGUAGAUUUGUUUUUUUGCUGUGUAAAAUACAAAUAAAUGCCAUAUGCAUAUAUAUUGAAAUAAAGAAAUGUAUUAACACAAAACAGAUCACAACAUGACAAAGGUCUGGGAAUGACCACUUUUAAUAGGUUAAUAAUUUAUGCCAACAUUAUUGUUGAUAGUAGACAAAAUUAUUAUUUUUCAGUGCUUACUGAGCUAGAAAAAUAAAUAAAACUGUGAUGACUUUGUUGAGUUUGAGUUUAUCCACACGUUUAAGUCAGGACUUUGGGAAGGCAUUCCUGGGAUUAAAGGCCUCACCUUUACUCCUCCAAACAUAUUGCUGGGUAUUGUGGCCAAACGGCUCCAUUUUUGUUUUUAAAAGUGGUAAAGGAAUAGCUAAAUCAGGUUUUAGAACGGCCUUCCCAAGGUUCCGACUUAAACCCCAUUGAGAACAUGUGGACAAUGCUGAAGAAACAAGUCCAUGUCAGAAAACCAACACAUUUAGCUGAACUGCACCAAUUUUGUCAAGAGGAGUGGUCAAAAAUUCAACCAGAAGCUUGUGGAUGUCUACCAAAAGCGCUUUAUUGCAGUGAAAAUUGCUAAGGCACAUGAAAACGAAUAUUAACAUUGCUGUAUUUUGCUGUAUGUACUUUUGACCCAGCAGAUUUGGUCACAUUUUUAGUACACCAAUAAUAAAUUCAUAAAAGAACCAAA